AUGAAUACAUGAAUAAAACUGCGUAAAACAGCAGUGAUUUAAUGGGUACGUCUUUGGUUAUAUUCUUCGUCAUAAUAUUUAUAUCGGAGUCUUCAAAAGAAACAUGCCCUGUUAGAAAAAUUACACAUUAUACAUUUUGAAGGAACACCACAUAACAUAUGGUCCGGCGAUGGAGAUGUGUUUAUUAUUUUUAUGUGUGAUUUUUGGAGUGGAAGGAUACACAAUCACAAACCAGAUCCAACUUCACGAGGAUAUAUUUAAUAGAAAAUAUGACAAGGUUUUUCGGCCAGGGGAGAAUCGAGCAAUACCCACAGAAAUUAGCAUAUUUUUCUACAUGAAGAGUCUCAAGGAGUUUAUAGAAAGUGAUGGCAAAAUUGGUAUAGUAGGUACUCUUGGUUUAGAGUGGGUAGAUUAUCGACUCGUUUGGGAGCCAACUAACUAUGGUGGUGACCUUAAUCGAACUACUGUUUUUGUUUACGACAUUUGGACGCCGUAUAUAGUUCUUAUGAAUCCAUAUGAUAAAAUAAAACCGGUUCUGUUGCAAGAACUGUCUUGCAAAGCCUGGGAAACUGGAUACAUUCAAUGCUUACCGCCAAAUAUUUUCGACGCUUCGUGCGAUGCCGACGUCACAUUUUAUCCCUUUGAUUCUCAGACUUGUACGUUGCAGUUAUAUGCUCCAGGAUUUUUUUCUUCAGAGAUAAAAUUCCGGCCUGUAUUAUCGAACUUUAAUAUGGAUGCGUAUGAGGAGAAUGGACUGUGGUCUGUUGAGAGUACUCGUGUUUAUGUAAAAACUCAACACGUUGAGAAUAUAAACUUUGAAAUUCUGCAAUUGGAAAUAAAAAUACGAAGAAGAAGCACAUACUACAUAGUCAUUCUUUUGCCAAUCUUUUUGAUUAACUUCAUGCAUAUUUUAGUUUUUGCGUUGCCAAGUGAUUCAGGUGAGAGAGUAGGAUUUUCGAUCACUGUUCUUUUAACCGAGGUUCUAUUUCUUACUAUGAUUCAGGAAAAACUACCGGAAGCUUCAGAGCCAGGUCUAUCAUACUUGAUCUAUAAAUUGCUGGUUGACUUGCUGCUUAGCUAUUUAAUAAUGCUAGUAGUGGUGGUGUCAAGCAUUUUGUAUAACAAAGCAGACGCCGAAGAACCUGAAGAAUGUAUGAAAACGGAGAGUAAAUUCAUAAAGUUGUUAUGCAAAAGAAAACAAGAAAAAGGAGACAAACAUUUCUGGAAAGAUGCUGGUAAAGCUAUUGACAAAUUUUGUUUGAUUUCAUUUUUAAUUCUGUUGGCAUUAAACAAUAUCAUUUAUUUUGUAGCAGUGUUGGCUGAAGUUCGAUUUUAAAUCCAAAAUAAUAGUUUACUCAUCAAAUGUUUCUAUUUGAGAGAUCAGGCCCUGGGGCUAUAAAACUUAAGACGAGCUCACUUUUGAUUUCAGUUUCACUUUUACAAAAGAAAUCUAUAGCAGAAAAUUGAGUCUGAGAUCACGCGUGAGCUUGUCUAAGUUUUAUUGACUCGGGGCCUGAUCAUUCAGUACAUUUUGACAUAUAUUUUGUACUAUCUUAUCAAAUUAGUUUAAUACUCAUGUUUUCAAAGAUAUUGCUUAUAAAGUUUUGACACUUUUGAUGUAAAAAACAAUGAACUUGUUAUCUUAAGCUUGUUUUCAAAAGAUAGGAAAUGUAUGGAACAUUUUUAAAAUUGCUGUAGAGCUUGUUUUCACAAUUAUACUAUACAUUAGGAUGCGGUUAAGGCCAGUAUUCUUGCAUAAAGAAAAAUUCUGAAGAUAUACUGGUAUAUAAAAGAAAUCAAAAUCAUGUAAUAUUUUAAUGUAUUUUUGCAUUUUAUCUGAUUUUUUCUUCACUGUAUAAAAUCUUAAUUGCAUUUCACGCAAUCCGAUUACUUUGUUGAUACCAAUAUAUAAAUAAAAUUGUAUAUAUCAUUUUCUUCUUCGGCUUCAGCAUACAUUCAACGAAAUAUUGUAUCAACUUUCUUCGUCGUAGUUUUUCAUAUCUUAUGCAUUUCAUAAAAUAUGAGCUUCUCGGGUGCUUGGUUUCAAGUUUAUGAUUUUACCAAAAUACAAAAACCACUUGUAUCUUGUGAAUUUUAAAUCAAGUCAGUACAUAUGUUUUUCUGCUCUACAGCACAUUUCUGAUAUGACAUGUAUUGUAUGAGUUAACGCACAAAAAAUAUAAUAUAAAGAAGUCCUUUACUAACUAACCGAAAAUUGAUUCCGAGUGAAUCAUCUUCAUGAACAAAAGCUCAAGAUCAAGAUUUUGACAGAUGUCAUUCAUUUACAGGUAAAGUUAAUUUUUGAAGUUUUUUUAAAUUUGGUUAUAAUAUUGCAGUAUAAAUCCUUCAGAGUCUCAAAGCCUGACGUGAUGAUGCAAUUAAGUUAGAAGAUAAAAUGAGACCGGCUGCUUAGAUUGUAUAUAAAACGAUUCCUAUUACAGUAACAUUAGCAAAAUUUAAAUGCACAUGAAAUAAGUGAGCCAAUCGACCGAGUCGUCGUGACUUAAUACUCUAACCCAAAAAAUUGGUAGUAAUAAUAUAUUUUAAGACGCGCUAACAAAAAUGUCAUGGUUUUUUUCUCAGACAAAUGAAAGAUAUACAACAUUGAAAAUAACAAAAUAUCAAAAUGAUCCAUUGUUUGAUUCAGAUAUUAUUUCAACGAAUUAUCUGUAAAACAAUGUGUUCUAAUGAUGCAACAAAUAACAAAACCAAGUAACUGUAUCGAGGUGUUCCUUCAUAGAGAGCAGACAUAUCUAGUACUUGAAAGUAAAAAAACCGCUGAAGACCGAACGAGAAAGAAUGCAAAAUAGCGAACAAAUUGUGUAGACCAGCAUAAUUAUGUUUGAUAAAAACAUAAGACCAAAUAUCAGCAUAAUCUGGUUAAUGUCGUUAUGUUACAAAAACAACAAGGGCCAAUAGUCACAUCGUUAACCUGAUCAAUAGUUUUCGUAUCAUUCUAUUUAAAUGUUUAAAUAUUAAUUUCAUUGUGAAACGCUUACAUA